AGACUAAGCAAGUAGAGCUAGGAGACGAGAGAGUGACUCCCGUGGACUAGAGCCAGGUCUUUUUGAUUAUUCCAACAUCAGAUUCAUCAAAAGAUGCGUUGCUUGCUUGCUCUUUUUGCUUUCUUGGCUCCUUGCAUGGUCGUCGCACGCCGUGUGGAAGUCGACGAGCAUGGCAAUACCAGAGUCAUUGGGAAUAUCGGAAACAGGACGAAGAAAAUGUUCGAGUCGCCCUUCUUGGAACCCGCUCAAAGCUCGCCAGAUGAAGUUGCUGUGGAAAGUCGCAAGGGUGCUGUGGAAAGCCGUGAGACUGCCCCAGAAAGCCGUGAAGUUGCCCCGGAAAGCCGUGAGGAAGAUAUUGACGAUCUCGAUAUGGAUGACGAUGAGCAGGACAACUACGAGUACCAAUCUCCAGGUGCACCGGGUGUUGCUGGCGACCCUGUCGUGGGCUCGUUCAUGGAGGAGGCGAACACAACAACUUACACGCAGAAGCAGGCUGUCGGCAGCGGGGUAUUUUUGAGUGCUCAAAUUUAUAUAGAUAUUUUUCAAAUGCCUUUUCCUGUUGCUUUUCUACUCUGAUGCUACAUUUUGUGAUGGCAGUCAGAAUCGUGAUGAUCUUCCUUUUUAUCCAGCUGACUUAUGGAUCCACCAUGAUCUGCGUCACUAUCCUUUUUCUCAAUGCUUUCAUCAUUUGAGCAGCCAUCAAAAUUGGGAACCUUGAACUUAAUCAGGUAUGGCUCAGCGCAGAGGAUGCGGAGAAGCUGCGCAAAUUGGUGAAUUUAAUAGACGUUGAGAAAAUGCGCAGUGUCGGAGAGGGUUUGGUCGUUUUGGCUAAUGCAUUCGGAGGAGGAGCUGGGGUUUUGAAUGAAGCAAAUACCGGCAACGGAAACGCCGAGACCGCAAGCGGGAACGAAAUAGCCGGGUCCGAGGCGAGUGCUGAUUCACCGGCUUUGCAGCCAAAUAAUGACGUCGAAACGGCCGAUUCAGAUACGAUCGGGGAGAAGCAUUAA